AUGAAUCCGGAUACGGCUCGGCAAUAUCUUGCGACAAUUUUGAACAAGAAUCUCCGGGUGUACACGUCGGAUGGCCGGUUGUUCUGGGGAUCCCUAAAAUGCACCGACCCUGAUAGGAAUAUUGUCCUUUCUCACACGUAUGAGUAUCGCCAGCCAUCAUCCAGGGAGCGUGCAAAGGCAGUUGAAGAAGCAGACGGGGCAUCUGUUAAAGUUGACAUGACCUCUCGUUACUUGGGUUUAGUUGUUAUCCCAGGCCACCACAUUGCCAAGAUGGAAGUUGAGCAGUUCGCGAGUCAGGUGCGGGAUGGUGGUUUCAUGUGA